AUGCUUCGUUCCGGCAUAACGCAAUUUUUCUGCAAAUCCAAUAUUCUUUUUCACUUUACUCCUCAAAAAACCAAACAAAAACCAAAAAUGGGCGCUGAAAAAGUAACCAUGAACAUCGUCGUUGUCGGACAAGUCCAAUCUGCCAAGUCCGUCAAAUCUGUGGCCAAAGCCACCCCCACCACCAGCCAAGUGAUGAACUGUUAA